CCGAUCUGUCAAACAUAGUAAGACUUAGUAAGUGUUUUCAGUUCUUCUGCGGCUUGUGUGUAAUGAUGCUUACUAGUUAAAUACAUCACACACCAUGGAUGUCUUAAAACCGCUGUAGAAACCAGCGAGUAUUGUGUGUAUUAUGUGCGAUUGGGGGUCGUGAUGGGCAGAGACGAAAGCUCCUGGUUAAUGUUGACAUUUGUUAAUUGAUGUGAACUUGGGAAAGAGGGGAAAAGUUUAGUUGGACAUACAAUCCUGGCUGCAUCUGGGCAGAGUGAGCAUGCAUGAAGGAGGGAGAGGGAGAGAGAGAGAGGGAGCGAGAGAGAAGGGGAGGAGAAAACUGGAAAACACAGAGAGGGGAAAUGCACUACAGGGAAGCAUGAGCCACAGAGAAAGCAGCUGAGAUGAGAGGAAUAAGACCCUGAACAAAAAGGACACUUGUUAGAUAUUAUUUCACUGAAAAGACACAGGGUUAGAGACAGAUUUUCAGAGCAUCCUUAUAGACACUUUCUUUUAGCAUUUUAGAAUCUAGAACAAAAAGAGAAAGAGCGCGGUCCAAAAAGAAAAAGGAACAGUAAGCCAGAGAGGCAUCACUAGGCACAAGUCCUAUUUUUUGUCUCUUGUAGUUUAUUUGAGUUUUGAGUCAACUAGUUGCUGACAUCUAACUAGGAGUCUGAAUGAGUGAGGAAGGUGCAGCACAUGCUCCCAGUCUCGCACAUGCUGAGACCAACAAAACCACUUUGGCCAGUAACUCAAACACUGGACCAAUGCAGCUCCAAGCCUUUACAGACACAGAGGAGAAGAAGAUGGACCCGGUGCAGAAGGCAGUCAUCAACCACACCUUCGGAGUUCCUCUGGUCAAAACCAAGCGGCCAGUCAUCUCUUGUAACGUCUGCCAAAUCCGCUUCAACUCAGAGAGCCAGGCAGAAGCACAUUACAAAGGAAAUCGCCAUGCCAGGAGAGUCAAAGGCAUCGAAACCUCCAAGAGUCGUCCUCAGGAGGGGGACAAGCCUCACACUGUGCCCCCUACCUCCCCGUCUCCGCCUGGAGCCCUGAGCUCUGUCUCAGACAGCGAACCCAGCAAAGCAGAUGAAACAUGGCCUUCACAGUUAAAUGGUCCCCAGCUGGCCCCGGGGCCCCCUCCACCUCUUACCACCCCACCUACCCCACCCAUGGACUCCCCUGUGGCAUCAGUGUGUCCCCUCCUGUCUACUCAAACUUCGCUCUUGAUGCCCCCUUCCUCCACCUCCCCAGGCUGUGGCAGUGGCAGCACCUGCACAGAGCAGACUGGAUCCGGACCAGGAGCCACAGGGACAUCAGUCUCCAGCAGCCCGUCCAUCCCAGAGACAGAGGAGGACAAGGCCAAGAAGCUGUUGUACUGCUCACUGUGCAAGGUGGCAGUCAAUUCCUUGUCACAGCUGGAGGCCCACAACAAAGGUACCAAACAUAAAACUAUUCUGGAGGCACGGAGUGGGCUGGGCCCCAUCAAAGCGUAUCCUCGCUUGGGCCCCAAACCAAGUGGAGAGCAGGGAGGGGGGCCGGUGGACCCCAACACUCAGGAACGAACCUUCCACUGUGAGAUCUGCAAUGUGCGGGUCAACUCUGAACUGCAACUCAAACAGCACAUAUCAAGUCGAAGGCACCGGGAUGGCAUGGCAGGCAAGCCUAACCCCCUCCUCAGCCGGCACAAGAAGCACAGAGGAGCUGAUUUGACGUCUUCUUUGACCUUCUCCAAGGAUCUCACCAAAGCUUUGGGGGCAGGACUAUUGCCCAGCCCCUUGGCUGUUGCUGCAGCAAUGGCUGCCGCAGCUUCCUCAAACCCCUUGGCGCUCCGUGCAGCUGCUGCCGGGCCUCACCCACACCAUCACCUAUUGCAAGGCCCGCCUCUCAGCCACGCCAUCCUAAGACCCGCCCCAGGGCCCAUCCGCACCACCCACGGGCCAAUUCUCUUCUCCCCUUACUGACACAUCACCUACUGACUUGGGCCAGUCAAGAGCAGCCACUCCAAAAGCACACUGUGAAGAUACAAACAUGAUCAACAAGCAAUGGAUAGAGGAAAAAUAAAUCCAAUCAUUUAAAAGUCGAACUGAAAGAAAAGCAAGGGAAAGGUGCAGCAGAAAGGAGUAGAAGUUGUCUCUCUCUUUUUUUCCCUUUACCUGGAACCCGUCCUCCAUUUUAACAACUCCUGGGUGAUCUGCAGCUGGAGUGAGCAGAGGAAAGAUAUUGAUUAUGCAUUGAACUCCCUUGUACAUCUCUCACCUCUCGCGGUCCCGCUCCCUUGCACAGACCUUUCUAGAAACAUUAAACCAUAUGUAGUGUUACAUAAUUACUCUGGGCCA